AUGGUUGAGAACAAGUACCUAACAAUCGACAAGGAUAGCUUUCCUUAUGUCUUUAUCAAGAAUAUCGAUAUCCCUCUCAAGACAUAUGAGAAGGGACUUCUUCGAGCAAAUGUCUUUCUGCCCAAAGAUGCGGCUCCCUUUGGAGAUAAGACAUACCCUGUUAUCGCUACGUAUGGCCCUUACGGAAAAGAUGUUCGAUAUGAAGUAUUCUACAAAAAGAGCUGGGAGCAGCUAAACCCUGACAUGAAGUCCAUGCAUGCAGCUUGGGAGACCCCUGAUCCUGCCUAUUGGACGAGCAAGGGUUACAUCGUGGUGAGGGCUGAUGAAAGAGGAGCUGGUCAGAGUCCUGGAGUCCUUGACACUAUGUCUCGAGGUACAAGUGAAGCUUUCUUUGACGUCAUUGAGUGGGCUGCCGAGCAAGAGUGGUCUUCAGGUAAAGUUGGUCUUUUAGGGAUCAGCUACUAUGCCGGCACGCAAUGGAGAGUAGCUGCGAGAAAGCCAAAGGGAUUAGCAGCUAUCAUCCCAUGGGAGGGAAUGAGUGAUUACUACCGGGACCGAGUAAGACAUGGAGGUAUUCUUUCGGACAGGUUCAUUGAUUUCUGGUGGAACAAUGGAGUUAGUCCCAACCAGUACGGCAAGCCUGGCCGCAGCGCCCGAAACUGGGGCGAGGAUACUCUUGAGGGUGACCUUGACGAGGAGACCUUACUCCAGAAUCGUCGAGAUCAGACAAUAGACACUGCUGUGCACAAGUUUCGUGACGAGGAAUAUUAUCGUACUCGAGACUUUGAUAUUGAAGCCAUUGAGGUUCCGCUGCUCAGUGUCGCCAAUUGGGGCGGCAUCCUACUUCAUCUCCGAGGAAAUGUCCUCGGUUGGAUCCGUGCGAGCUCCAAGUACAAGUUUCUCCACUUCAUUGUUGGGAGACACGACUUGCCCUUUUAUUACCCAGAGUCAGCUGAGCUACAACUAUCCUUCUUCAACUCCUUUCUAAAAGACGACGAUGCGGCUGGCUGGAAAUCUGGCAAGCAGCCACGGGUUCGUCUUACCUUGCGUAAGGGUGAGGCUGGUGUUGAUGACCCUGAGCGUGAACGCGGGUUCCCUACUAGAGAUGAGGCAGACUGGCCAUUACCUGGGACCAACUACACGAAGUUCUAUCUGACGCCUGAGAACACUCUGAGCAUAAAGCCAGCGUCGUCAGUCAGCACAAUCGAGUAUGAUGCGUUGAAUGGCGAGCCUAUCAGAUUUACAUACAAGACCCCGUCUACUUUGGAAAUCACUGGACAUAUCGUCGCCCAUCUAACAGUAGCCGCAACGCGAAAGUCCAUUGACGCCACUCCCCCGUCAGACAUUGAUCUGUUCAUCACCCUUCGAAAGAUCAACGCCAAAGGCGAAGAAGUCUUCUACACCGGCACUAUGGGCGACCCCGUACCCAUAGUGAAAGGCUGGCAGCGAACUUCUUUACUUAAGCUUGAUGAAAGCAACGAACUACACAAGGAAUAUCUGCCUUAUCGCAACUACUACUCAUCCGACGUGCAGCCAGUUGAGGAGAAUCAGAAGUAUAAAGUGGAUGUUGAGGUCUGGCCUACGAACGUGGUACUUGAACCUGAAGAGACUUUGGUGUUGGAGAUCGCUGGUCAUGAUACUCAGGGUGUAGGGAAGUUCUCUCAUGAACAUCAGGAUGACCGUGAUUCCAAGAUUUUCGAUGGGUUGAACAGCGUUACUGUCGGCGGCGAGGCUAGUUGGCUUACACUUCCCAUCAUUGACUCCAGGAAGUAA